CUUGGACGGUCAACGAUGAAAUUCUUGUCCAUUGCGCGCGCCGUCGAGGCCGAGGUGCCAAAGAUCAAGGGAUCGCGCUUUAUCGGUUUCGCAAGUCCCGUGACGUCGCGCCAAGAGGCUUUGGCAGUUGUCGCCGCGCGCCGAGCGAUCUUCCCGCAGGCUAAUCACCACUGCUUCGCCUACACGCUCGCGUCGCCGCCCGAAUCGUUCGCGUCCGACGACGGCGAGCCCCACAACAGUGCUGGCCGGCCGAUCCUGCACGUCUUGCAGCAGCACGACGUGCUCAACGUCUGCCUCGUCGUUUCGCGCAUUUUUGGUGGCACAAAGCUGGGCACAGGCGGUCUCGUUCGGGCCUACAACAGCGCGGCCAAGUGCGCGAUGGAGACCGCGAGCAUCCAAGAGACGUGCGUUCAGCAUAUUCUCACCGUACUCGUGCCCAUUCAUGCCGUCGCCGCCGUCAAGAAGGCUCUGCACCGCUUCGAUGGGCACGUCGAAUCUCUUGCCAUUGAGGGCGACUCGGCCGUGCUAGUCUCGCGCCUGCCACUGACACACGCCAUCGCUUUCGAGUCAAUGGUAUCCGAGUCGACAAAUGGACGUGCCAUCAUCUCACGAGCGCACGAAGAAGAUGCAAGGUAAAUGACACGUGUACCUUUGAGGGGACUUUCGUUAGGACCGUCAUAUUCUCGAAGGAAACACAGUGAGCUGUACUGACGUGUAAGAUGAUGGAAUGCAGUUGGGAGCGAGCAUUGCAUGUACACAUACGUCCUUCAAGCAGCAAUGACUAUGGCGGCCGACGUCGCAGCAAGCUAACCUCCAUCGCGCUCUUGACCCCAUCAAUAAACGAAAUUUCGUCCG